UCGCAGAUUAAAUUUCCUCAAUCCUCCUCGGUCACAAUAUUUUACAACAUGUUUCUCAAGACGGUGUUUUUCGUAUUGUCGGUUAAUUAUGUGGCGGUCACCUUUGCGCAGAGCAACGGAACCCGGAGUAUGUUUGAUCUGAAAUCGGACGAUCCCACGAUAUCCUUCGUUCGGCCAGAAAGUUCGGCCAGCGCAUCCACUCUUCAAGAUGACCGCUUCCCGAAACGCCAGUUCAACAUCGGGGGGACCGCUCCUUUUAUCUCCCCUCUCAGCGUGAACCCUCAGCUGAAUCAGCUGAAUCCUCAGCUGCUUGCACCAGUGAAUCCAGUCUCUCCGGCAGUAGCGCCAUUGAGCUUGAGUAACGCGAUUGGCUACACCACCAGCCCAUUCACUCUCUACUCCGCCCCCGGCUUCGAGAAGCCCAACUGCCUGGGCAACCCAGCGGGAAUGUACGGCAGCCCGACGUACAACUGCCAAGUGUACUACAUCUGCCAGACUGAUGGCCGACUGGACGCGAUGCCGUGCGCGGCAGGUACCAAGUUCAACAACUAUCUGGGCGUGUGCGAUUGGCCCGAAAAGGUGGAUGCCAAUUGUAAUCCGCUCUUCACGGAUGUGUACAACAGCAAUUCGCUGUAUCAAACGCCGCUCCUCUCCAGUCAGUAUCAGACAUUAUCGGCGCCCUACAGAUUGCAAGAUUAUUACCCAUACAAUUCUCUCUCGGGAGCAUCAUUCUACCAAACUCCUCGGUAUUCUCCGGGAUACAGACGAUACUAAGCAAUAACUAUUUGUUCUUCUGUGACAGUCAGUCUAACAUUCACAAACUUCUUCACAAACUGUGUUUGCUAUGCGUUACGUAGUAUUUUUUUACUUGGAUAUGAUUUUAUAACUCGGGACAAAAUCUUUUACAAUCCUCUGUCUCUGCGAUGG